AAUGCGUUUCGGUUCGAAGGGUGGGGUAGCCGUUGUAACUAUACUGAGACCUUAGAACUUAUAUCUCUAGGUGGGUGGCGCAUUUACGUUGUAGAUGUCUAUGGGCUCCAGUAACCACUUAACAUCAGGUGGGCUGUGAGCUCGUCCAUCCAUCUAAGCAAUAAAAAAAAAAAAAAAAAACCUUUAUACACGGCAUAAAAUAAAAGACGUUUAUCAGAGUAAAAGAAAAAUAAUAAUAAAAAAUAGUAAGAAUGUAGUAUAUUGAAUAGAAUAAUAACAACACACUAGAUUGCGAAUCUAAUUUUUAAAUAUUACUGCCAAUUCGUUCGGAAGUAAGUUGCCGAAUCUAUACAUUAAAUAGUGUUGUGCAAAUGUUUAUUUAUAUCAAGAUGAUUUUCGGAGUUUUUUCUAAAAGAUAUCCACUGCAUCGGACUUGCGCUAGAAGGCAUAAGCUAAUGUCCAAUAGGCCAAUAGCCAAUGCUGCAUCGCCCAGAAUUUUAGCAAGCACUUCUUCAGUUUGUUUCCGACCGUCGUGAGAGACGCAUGUGUCUGUCAGCCCGUAAAUUGCGACCGUCGAUCUAAAAAAACAAAUUCACGAGUUUAUGAGUUGUUGUUUUUGUUUUUGUGUACGAUUUUCUUUUGUGUCAUUUGGAUCUCGAGAUCCACGGCGCAAUGGCAGACGACAGAACGAAACAGAUUUCGAGACGAAAAUUUCGACAGACCACUUAAAGUUCCAACAAAAUGUGAACAAUGAAACUGGAAGUCGUAUUCAGCCUUGAACUGGGCAACUUCACAGCGGACCUGCAAGAUCUAUCCACAUCCAUGUAUCUAACGGACACUUACGUGAACAGGACGCUGGAAGUGAAUUUGACGACCAAUGACUUGGUGUACUCGAAUCAGUUCGAAGACGAUCCCCUAAUUGUGUUUUUAAUUAUACUAAAAUGCAUGAUAAUGCUGUUCAUAAUAUUGGCAGCGAUAUUUGGCAAUCUGUUGGUGAUAGUAUCGGUGAUGAGACACAGAAAAUUGCGGGUCAUAACGAACUAUUUUGUCGUGUCGCUGGCUUUGGCUGAUAUGUUGGUCGCUAUUUGGGCGAUGUGCUUCAACUUCAGCGUGGAGAUCACGAACGGGGAAUGGUUAUUUGGCUAUUUCAUGUGCGACGUUUGGAAUUCGUUAGACGUGUACUUCUCGUCGGCGAGCAUUCUUCAUUUGUGCUGCAUCAGUGUCGACCGAUACUACGCAAUCGUCCAGCCAUUGGACUACCCGUUGAUUAUGACCACGGCCAAGCUCGGCAUAAUGUUGGCUGUAGUUUGGUGCAGUCCGGCAUUGGUCUCGUUUCUACCGAUCUUCAUGGGUUGGUACACAACCGAGGAUCAUUUGGACUUCAGAAGACGCUACCCGAAAGUGUGCAGUUUCACAGUCAACAAAGUGUACGCAGUGAUAUCGAGCAGUAUAAGUUUCUGGAUUCCCGGUGUGAUUAUGUUGUUCAUGUAUUACAGGAUUUAUGUGGAAGCCGAUAGACAGGAGAGAAUGCUGUACAGGAGUAAGGUGGCCGCGUUGCUGCUAGAUAAGCAUUUGCAAAUCAACGGCAUCUCCAUGGGCGAGGUGAUGCGAGAACGCACCAGUAUCCAAAUGCAGCCGAUGGCGAGUAGCAAAAUGAAGAGGGAACGAAAGGCGGCCAGAACUUUGGGCAUCAUUAUGUCGGCGUUUUUGGCCUGCUGGCUACCUUUCUUCUUGUGGUAUAUUAUAACAGCUCUUUGUGGCGAUGACUGUCCAUCGCCUCCGCCCGUGGUGGCUGCGGUCUUCUGGGUGGGGUAUUUCAACUCCGCAUUAAACCCGCUCAUCUAUGCGUACUUCAAUAGAGAUUUCAGAGCGGCGUUCCGAAAGACCUUGGAUUCUUGCUGCAGGUCGCUAUGCGGUGACGUGGCCCGUCGCUAUUGUUGUCGCAGGCCGCGUCGCGACCAGCACCACUCGAACGCGUCCUCCGACAUCCACAUGAACAACUGCGUCAAGUCGACUUCAGCAGACGUUCUGAGAGCCCACCUGCCCUCGUGCUCGCGACCGGACGACAUCGUUUUUGCGACGUGAACAAAAUAGUGAAGUAAAACAAAAAAAAAUCGGUUGUCUGUAAAGUCGGUUUACUGGCGAUAGUUGAACGUGACAACGUCAUAAGAAAAUAGUGAUGGUGUAAUUUAUGUUGGUUCGUAGGUUUGUGGAAUGCACUAACAGAGGUUUUUUGUGAGAAAAAUAUUUAUUUUCUAUAGUGGCGUCGGAUGACAAAAGCUUUAGUGGUUAGGAAGCGCGCGGCGUUCGUUGCUUUGGUAACAGCACUGACUUCGUUUGCCUCAGGUAACCGGUCCGAGGCCCCCUCAGCUCUCGUUGAGCCCCACGCACUCCCUCUUACAAAUCUUGUUAAUUUAAAAACUAAGCUGAAAGUUUUGUUAACUUCUUAUAACGAGACGAAUCCACCACACAAACAAAUAUACACCAAAUAGAUCCAAAUCACAGCUCCAAAUUGAUAUUCAACGCAUCGCUAACAGAUGGAAUGGUUUAUUAUGGAUAUUAAUUAUUACUAUGGAUAUUUUGUAUGGACAAUUGACACCACAUUCACUUUUCACUGAACUUCAUAGUUGACGAAGACAUGUAAAUGUAUUAUUGUAUAGCAGCUGUCCACACGGAUGCAUCGCUCACUCAAGUAGGAGAGAGACAUGUCGAACGCUGCCGAACGCGGAGGCCGAUUGUGCCUCUUUGUCGCUCGUUGCGCGCUCUCGCUUACACUUCAAGCCUUAAAUGGAACGCCUCAAUGAGUCAUGUUUUUUCGUGCGUGCAGCCGGCUCCAUCGAAUUAUAAGACGUUGUCACGUCGAAAACAAGUGCGGAACUUCGAACCAAUGAUUCUUAAUUUGGUGUAUAUUUAGUACCAUGGUUGUGUUUAUUACCAAAGACGUUAUUUACUAGUUAGUCUACCGUAGGCGUUGUGUAUAAUCGAUUUAAGUAAGAUUUAUUGUGUGUAAUUAAAAAAAAAUGUGUGGUGUCCUGGGACACCGGAUAGGAACGAAGUUCCUUAUUAUAAAAAUAUCAAAUUUUAAGUUCUAUUCGAGUUAUAAAGAAAAUAAUUAUUCGGCUAUACAUUUUUUAUUUUAAUUUUUAUAUUGAAAAAAAAACUACUUUACAAAGUAGCUAUCAACUUUAUUUUAUUCACAAUGAUUUAUAAAAAAUAUAUAAUAAAAUAUGUUAUUUUUUGUACGUUAUUACAAAGUUAAGUCGUACACGGUGUGCAUUACUAAUAAAAAUCUUACGUUACGGACGUUUUUUCCCGCUUAUGGUAGCCCUCCGCAUCGUCCCAUAAGGAACUUCGUUCCAAAAAAACAAUAUGCGUAAUAAAACGCCUACUAGCACUUAAUUUGUUUAGUCUUAAAUUAUAAAGAAUAAUUAGCGCACUUUCUUUUGUAAAUAUAAGUCAGAUGUAUGCAUGUAAGUGGUUUUUUUUGCUAGUAAAUUUUCUUUUUAUUCGUUAGGCAGGCGCUUGGCUCUGCCCCCGGCAUUGCUGACGUCCCUGGGCGAUGGUAACACUCACCAUCAGGUGGGUGGGUCACCAAAAACAAAGUAUUUUUUAAUACUACUGGUGGUAGGACCUCUUGUGAGUCCGCGCGGGUAGGUACCACCGCCCUGCCUAUUCCAGCGGUGAAGCAGUAAUGCGUUUCGGUUUGAAAGGUGGGGCAGCCCUUGUAACUAUACUGAGACCUUAGAACUUAUCUCAAGGUGGGUGGCGCAUUUACGUUGUAGAUGUCUAUGGGCUCCAGUAACCACUUAACACCAGGUGGGCUGUGAGCUCGUCCACCCAUCUAAGCAAUAAAUAAAAAAAUAAAAAAAUAAUAAUAAUUUACUAAGAAGUUUUGUUGUUUGAUUUGAUUUGAUUUGAUUUGGUUAGUUACUCGGUCGGGAAUUACUUUCUCUUUAGACGACUACCCACGACACGCCCGCCUAUAUCAAAAGAUAAUAUAAUAAUAAAUAAGCCUUAAUUGCUGUUAGAGUUUAACUUAUUUAACUAAACAUAAAAUGAUAACAGUAGAGGUAAGAAAACUAUAAAAUUAACUUAUACUAAAACAUAUCCCGGCAUUCGGGUUAUCUCUCCUCUUAACAGCUUGUCUUUCGUCAAAGGCCUCCUCUAAGGAUUUCCAUUUGCUUCUGUCCUUUGCUGUACGUAACCAUCCUGGCCCAGCUACUUUCUUCAAAGAUAAUAUGUGGGACUUUUAAUUAUUAAAAAUUUAACGCGGGUCAAUCCAUGGAUAGCGUAUCAUUUUCUCCAAGCUCUAAAUAAUUGAUCUGAAAAAAUGUCACAAACAACUCCCAUUAUGUACGUAUUGCUCAAAGAAAAACCAAUACAGUAGCUUAUAAAGCCUCAAAUGAAAAUUCGAUUAAUUACCCACAAGAAAUCGAGGUUUCGUAGUAAAAGGCUUUUAUUACAGCUGCCUUCGAUAUGAAAAACGAAUUUUUCAAAGGAAGUAUCGACAAACUUGAAACUAUUUUUUUUAUUGCUAGAUUGGUGGACGAGCUCACACCCCACCUCGUGUUAAGUGGUUACUGGAGCCCAUAGACAUCUACGACGUAAAUGCGCCACCCACAUUGAGGGUAGGAACCACCACCCUAUUUCUGCCGUGAAGCAGUAAUACGUUUCGGUUUGAAGGGCGGGGAAGGCAUAAUACUGUUAAAAGUGAGACCUUACAACUCAUGUCUCAAUGUGGAUGGCGACAUUUAUGUUGUAGAUGUCUAUGGGUUCCGGUAACACACCCAGUGGACCGUGAGUUCGUCCAUCCAUCUAAGCAAUCAAUAAAUAAAUUAAUUGACCCAGAAAAUAUUUAUUUAUCUUCAAAAGUGACAGUUUAAAUGAGUUUAAUUAAUAAUCUCUUCCGCAGUACGUCAUGUACGGAGACAUAUCAUUACCUAUAACAACCGAUGAUGUUUAAAAAUUUUAGAACAGUUUUUUUUAACUAAUAAAUACUAACUGUAAAUUAUUCGAAAUGUCUGAAAUAAUAUAUACAGUGACUAUAACGAAUCUAUAUAUUAAUACGUGAAGCAAAAACUUUGUAUCCCUUUUUACGAAAAUUGCGCGGACGGAGGAGUAUGAAAUUUCCCACACUUAUAGAGAAUAUAGAGAAGAAGUGCACAAUGCUAAUAUUUUUUUUAAAUAAUGCAUAAAAGAUACAUUAAAUCAAUAAAGAAAACAUUACACACACUACAUACCAUGUAUUUGACGCACACACGCAUGCAUACUAUUUAUUGUCAAACUUUUGUUCUUGACGUCUGUGGUCAAAUUGAGAAAAGAUUAAAUAUUGUUUGUCUUUGUUAAUAUUUUUUAUAUUAUGUAGUCUUGGCGAAAUUUGUGAUUAUAGAAGUAUAAAAUACAAUCAUAAUAGUGUACAAACUUACAAUUUCAAUUAAUUAUAGUCGAAUUUCGACUACUGCAAGACCUCUAGUGCAAGAUUAAACUAUAAAAUUAAUUUUUAGUAUUACGAACUCAACGACUUGGGAUAAUUGAAGAAAAUACACAUCAUUUGGAGUGGAGUAUCGGAGUGUUUCUAAUUAAAAUUUAAUAUAAAUCGAUUGAGUAUUCAUUCAUUGAUGGCUGAUUGAAGCGGCUAAGGCCGAUGAUAUUGCAAAUUUAAUAAUAAUUUUGAAAGCGAUUAUGAGAAUUCUUAGAAUUCUCGUUCACUUCUGACGGGAUUGUUCAAGGAUGGGAUCCCGAUAGCGAGAUGUCUGAUUAAAUUUUUCAUUACUCUGCGGAACCAAAUAUUAAUUCAAUUAAUCAAUUUCGUUCAAUGCGAAAUAAAACUUGUAAGUCGAGAAAUAAUCUUUAGAAUAAAAAUAUAGUGUCAGAAAAAAUGAUUUUAUUGUGAAAAAGCGUGGGGAGCUUUUCAGGAUAUUAUCGAAAUAGCCCUUCUACUCAUGUCUGUGCAUAAAAUAUUUAUAACUACUUAUACCAUGCACCCCACGCUUUUUUACAAUAAAAUCAUUUUUUUUACUACACUAUUUUUAAUUCAAAUUUAUUAAAAUUUAUUUUCAAUUUUUUAGUUGGAUUUUCUAUAAAGGCGUAUUUUGUUAGUUCUUUUAAAUAUAUUAUUUAUUUUUCAUUUUUUAGUUGAAUUUCAAUUUUUUUCAAUUUUUUUUUUCAUUUUUUUUAUAUUGAAUUGUCAUCGCUCCUUAAUAAGUUUACCAAAUUUCGAGUUAAUCCGAUGUUUGGAAGGGGUCAAAAUCAUGUUCAAAGACUCCGUUACAAACAUACAUACAGACGUCUGAAGCUAAUAAAAGCGUAUUAGUAGACGGAAGUUAGGGCAAUAGCAAAAUCUCGACGAUAUGUUUUCGUGGUCACGGAUAUACGAGGUGUGGUCAUCGGUGACCAUGAAAACUGUAACGUAUUCGAAAUAAUAGAAUGACCGAAAACCGUAAAAGUAAUUUUAAAAUAUAUUUUCUUAAAAAGCACUUUAGUUAUUUUGUCGCUACCUCUAAGAAUGCAUUCAUUGAGCACACUCAAAUGUUUCUAAACUCAGUUUAAUAGCAAAUUUGUGUAAUGAAUAUCAAGAUCGGCCCAUUCGACCCACUCGUGCCUCGACUUUAUGAGGAAAUAUCUCUUUAAAUAAUACACUAACUAGAAACAUGAGUCAAACUGUAGAAUA